UUCCCUUAGCGAGCCCUUCACACAUUUUUGCUCAGACAAGUCAACCGUGUGUGUUUGACUGCAAAGCUUCACCGUUAGAGUCCUGUGAUCACUUUGUUUGUCUUCCAGUUCUUCAACAGGUGAGCAUCCUUUCACCGCGCAACAAUAAGCAGAGUGCAUUGCUUUGUGACACAGCAGAUAAACACCAUGUGUCCUGUGAGUGCUGUCAUUGGCUGCGUCACCGCGUUGGGGGCUCUCUUGUUGCUCCCCUCAUCCUGGCUCAGCACCGCAUUAGCUGUACUUGGAGUCUACAUGGUCUGGUGGGGCUCUUGGAAGUUCAUCCACGUGGCUCUGUACACCUUCAAAAGAGACUUUUUAUGUCUGCUUAUUUUACUGCGAGUGAGGUUUGCCAUGUACCAAAAUGCCAGAAAAAGGAGAACCAUACCUACCUUGUUUGCCAAGAUAGCAGCACAGCACCCAGACAAGCCUGCCCUUAUCUUUGAGCCCACAGGAGAGGUCUGGACUUUCAGGGAGCUGCAGGAGCAGUGUCAUACUGUGGCACACUGGGCGCUGUCACAAGAGUGGGCAGAGGGGGAUGUGGUGGCAUUGUACAUGGAAAGCAGCCUUUCAUUGGUGGCUCUGUGGUUGGGUCUGGCAAUGGUGGGAGUGGAGGUUGCGCUCAUCAACAACAACCUGCGACUGAAUUCGUUGCAGCACUGUGUUAAUGUGUCUGGGGCUCGUGCACUGGUGUUUGGGAGCGAGCUCAGUGAAGCCGUGUUUGAGGUAAGAGGGUCAUUGCCCUCCGACAUGGUUUUGUUCUGCAGCGGUGACCAAUUCGAUCGGGAGAAGCUCUGCCGUUUCAACGUGGAGAAUGUGGACAAUCUGCUGGCGUCUGCGCCCAAGCACUCACCCGACUACACACUCAAAAAGACGUUCAAUGACAGACUUUUCUACAUUUACACAUCAGGUACAACAGGAAUGCCAAAGGCUGCUGUGGUGGUGCACAGUCGGUAUUACCGUAUUGUCGCCUUUGGUUUCCACGCUUUUGGUUUACGGCAUGAUGACAUCAUCUACGACUGCCUCCCUCUGUAUCACUCUGCAGGCACGAUCAUGGGUGUAGGUCAGUGUUUACUCUUUGGUUUAACUGUUGUUGUCAGAAGAAAGUUCUCAGCCAGCAGGUUCUGGGAUGACUGUGUCAAACACAAUUGCACUGUAAUCCAGUACAUAGGGGAGAUUUGCCGCUACCUUUUGGCCCAGCCGGUAUGCCCCUCUGAGGGUCAUCAUAGGGUCCGUGUCGCUAUCGGUAACGGCCUCCGUCCAUCUGUGUGGGAGGAGUUUGUUCAGAGAUUUAAAAUCAAACAUGUUGGAGAAUUUUAUGGUGCUACAGAGUGCAACUGCAGCCUCAUCAACAUUGAUGGAACGGUUGGUGCAUGCGGUUUCAACAGCCGUAUCCUGCCAAGUUUUUAUCCCAUCAGCCUGGUGAGGGUGGAGGAAGACAGUCGAGAACUGCUACGAGAUGCACGGGGACUCUGUAUACCCUGUCAGCCUGGUGAACCAGGAAUGUUAGUGGGCCACAUCAACCAUAAGGACCCACUCAGGAGAUUUGAUGGAUAUGCUGAUCAAGAUUCCACCAAUAAGAAAGUAGCACACAACGUCUUCAGGAUGGGCGACUCUGCCUAUAUCUCAGGUGACGUGCUGGUGAUGGACGAUUACGGCUACAUGUACUUCAGGGACCGCUGUGGCGACACAUUUCGAUGGCGAGGGGAGAAUGUUUCGACCACAGAGGUGGAGGGAGUCCUCAGUGGCCUGCUGGGACACACCGACGUCGCCGUCUAUGGAGUUUGUGUGCCAGGUGUAGAAGGUAAGGCCGGUAUGGCAGCAAUAGCGCAUACAGGAGACCACUUUGACCUUGAUGCCUUCUUGACCGCUGUACAAAAAGCCCUCGCCUCCUACGCUCGUCCUGUCUUCCUACGACUCACGCCAGCUGUGGACACAACAGGCACCUUCAAGAUUCAAAAGACACGUCUGCAAAAGGAAGGUUACAAACCGCAAAACUCUGAAGAAAAGAUCUAUUUUCUAAACAGUAGGGUUGGAAGUUACGAGGCGGUUACUGAUGAACUAUUUGACGCCAUCAUGGAGGGACGUGUGAGACUAUGAGACUGAGUUUGGAAGGACUUUCUUCUAUCCUCACGAGAGGAAUACUAUGCAAAAACAACAACUAAUGCAAGUUCAAAACUAUAUUAUAUCAUUUUUGUUGUGUUUUCCACGCAACAAUGAAUAAAUGUUAUGCAUCAUGUCGUGACAUAACCGAGUUGACAAAUGGUUUAUGGUAACCGAUAGUGAUGAGAAACUCGGUUCCUUUUCCUGCGUCGAGUUUAUAUGAGUUACUAAACAAAGCGCAUGCACAGAAACAUGUACAUGCGUACCCAAUACCCCCACCACUCAGUGAAUGAGGUACUCUGCUCACUCGUCACAGAGUGCAUGCGCAGGAACUCGCACAUGCGCAGAAAGUUGCACCAAACCUUGAGUCUUUGUCGAGCGCCUCCUUUCCUUUUAGGAAGCAGCAGCAGGGGUGAGUAAGUCAGUGAGUUAACAAAGACGCGUACCCGUGAGUCCCAGUUCUAGUUUUGAACAAUUCCUUCAUGACUUGCACAUCUUUAGGAACAUCCAUCCAUUUUCUAUACCGCUUCUCCUCAUUAGGGUCGUGGCGGUAUGCUGGAGCCUAUCCCAGCUGACUUUGAGCGACAGGCGGGGUACACCCUGGACUCGUCGCCAGCCAAUCGCAGGGCACAUAUAGACAAACAACCAUUCACGCUCACAUUCAUACCUAUGGACAAUUUAGAGUCACCAAUUAACCCAACAUGCAUGUUUUUGGAAUGUGGGAGGAAACCGGAGUACCCGGAGAAAACCCACGCACGCACGGGGAGAACAUGCAAACUCCACACAGAAGAUGCCCAACGGAAACUCCACACAGAGGUCUUUAGCAGCAGUAAUAGUAUAAAAAUAUACAACCGGAAAACAUUUUGGUGCCGUUUUCCAGAACACUUAAAAGAAAAACGUUUUGGACCAAAAAACAGUUUCUGCAAAAGAAAUGAUGCCGGCGAUUUUCAUUGGAAAAAUAUUAUGGGUGUGCUGUCAACUGGUGGCAUUUCAUUCAAGUGAGCGUGCAGCUUUUUUGCAAUGACUUGAAUUGUGGCUUGAUAAUUAUAGGGCAUUUAAAAAUGUACUUUAAAAAAGCUGAGUCUCAUGAGAGAAAAAGAUGAAUAAUUACACAUGAAAACAUCUUUUAGCAUUCUAAGUAGAGUUUUGAAGUACAGUUUGAAGUCACAGUUCUUUCCUCCUGGUACUUGGUGUUUUUUUUUUUGUUUUUGCUCCCUUACUACCAUCUAGUGAGCAACAUGUGAAUUACUGACAAACUGCUAACAAAAGCUACACAAAACAGCAUGGACAAAAGUAUUGGGACUGCUGCCCAUUACACCUGCAGAAAGUGUGUAUAACAAACAUGGCAUUUAUUUCACUUUUGUUGCUUUUAUAUUCUUCUGGUAAGAUUUUUUUGGGGGGGAUUGUUUUGCCCAAGUAUUGAAGGACCUUGCUGCUUCACUUAAUGAUGCUGCUGAUGCUGAUGCUAUGACAGAAAAGGCUGCCCGCAUGUUGGAACUAUGGAAUUGUCCAAAAUAUAUUGGUAGGAUAAAGAGUGAGUCCAGGGAGAACUAAGGGGUCAAUUAUCAACAUCGUGUAGUUAUGUCCUGAUAGUGUGGUGCUUUGCAGGCUUUGCGUGUGAGCGAUCUCACAAUUUCAGUGUGUGCUUGUCUUCAGUUUACCUAAAUACCGAAUGAAUGAACGACUCUAAAGACAUCUGUUUGCAAUGUCUGUUUACAGAGGAUGAGAAAAUGUUGGAGCAGUGGUCUCUCAGGAAAGCUUACAGAUGAAAUGUUAUGCAACAACCAUGAGAGGACUCCUUGGAGAUGUCUGCUCUCACUUGAUAUCUAUGAGCAACUGUUUGGCUUCAUGACAGCUUUGUAAGCAGAACAAACAGCAAUAGGCAAGCGGAUUGUGUUACAUUUCAAGACCACCUGCAAAUUAGCAAGUAAACGCAAUUAACUGAAACUCUCAUAAAAAUGUCUAUUUUUGACACUCUAAUGAAGCCUGGGUUAUGCUGCUGUGUCAAGGCACCACUGUACGCUACGCCAGCGCGCUCCUCCCACUUUAAAUGCUCUUGCUAGCUGGAGGUUGACUUCUCUUCUGAUCUCAGAUCAACAUUUGCAAAGAAAUAUUGAUGAUUAUGUACUUGUGUAAUUAUUAUAUAUAUAUAUAUAUAUAUAUAUAUGAUCAAAUAUGUGUGAAUUUGCCAUUGGUCACUGGCAACACUAUACAGGUGGAAGCCAUAAAUAUGUCUCACACAUUUAAAUUAUAAAAUGUAUAGGUACUCGCCACUAAUGAAUGGCUAAUGAUCCACAUUGCAUGCCUGUUGGAAUUCCAUUAGAGACUUAGGAUCACAUAAUAACUUGUGCUGGAAGUUUUGAGCCAGCAUUGACUAUCAAAGCUAUCUUCCGUAUCCAUCCAGGUAUCCUGUACAUCAGGGGUCUCAAACUUAAUUUCACUGGGGGCCAGUGGAGGUAGAGUCUGGGUGAGGCUGGGCCGCAUCAAGUAUUGGGAGUAGGGCUGGGAACCUCACGAUACGAUACAAUCCACUAUACAUCCAUGUGAUAACACCACUGUUAGUUCAGUGUUGGUGUUUACUUGCCCCUGGAAGUAUGGAAGUAACACUGAGCUUGCCCGGAUGUUGCGGGCCGCAGUUACACUACUCUUUGAUGUCCAGUCGCGGGCCGCAAGAUACGAUUUGGUGGGCCACAAGUUUGAAACCCCUGCUGUACAUAUUACCUGUAUUAUGUCAUAUUUAUACAGUACAUUGUUACCAAUUUAUGGUGAAUGAGAUGUUUUCUACGGAAAACAUUUUCAAAGAAAAAACAAAAUUACCAAAAAUGUUGGGUUUUUUUUAACCAAAAAUAUGCAAAUUUGUGGAGUGUGAAUGCUAAUUGCUGGAGUGAAACUUGAAAAAAAAAUGUUGACAAAUACGAGUGAGUGCUUGCAGAGGAAAGGCAAGCAAGUUUGUUCGAGGAAAAGUCAAUUGAUUACUGUCUGUGUGAGGGUCAUACUUAAAAGUGUUAGUACAGAUAAAGCAUAACCUAAGAGCUCAAAAGCUGAUUUCUUCUCGGUGUCAGCUGCAGCCACCAAGGUCAACUCACGUCUGCAAGCCUGCACAUUGUUUACAUGAAUGCUACUCACUCUGUUCCGGCGCACAAGUGACCAUGAAGGCUCUGACUGAAGAGCAGGAAAUGAAACUGGGAGCUUUUGCAGGGGCUGCUUCUGCGGCUGGGAGCGGGGGGGCACACAUGGAGCCACUUUGCUUUGGCUCAGUUGGAAUGUAUCAAAUAAAAGCAGGAAACAUUGGAAUCUGUUUAAAGUAGGACUGCUGUUGCCUUUCAUCGGGCUUAAUGUGAGGCAGAGUGAAAGUUUGUGAAAGGUGUGGGACGCAAAUUGCGGUGCAGCUUCAAGCUCAGACAAAGUGUGUGCAUGUGGUUAAAUUCACCUUGCCGUGGUGGGUUAAUUUUAAUGGCCCUUGGUUUAUGAUAUUCUCAAAUCCUGUGGCUAAAUUGCUUCCUGUGUCAUCUUUACGACCUCAUGUGUAUUUCAAUGCUGGGAAGUAUAACUAAAUGCACUUCUAUCGGCUCCAAAUUUCAGACUUUUCUAACUUAUCGGCUAAACAUGAGAUGUGUGAAGUGGUUUUACAUCAUGAACAAUUAAAUGCAUGCACACAACCACAAAUACCUGACAUGGUAUCAUUGUAGGUCAGGAGAACGUUCAUAUGUGGAUGUAGAAACGUUGGAUGGAUAUUAUCACAAAAUACAUAGUUAAAAUAUACAUGUGUUUAUCAUAGUAAGUCAUUUUAGCACAAUCCAAUGCAAAAUAUUAGUAAUGUAUAACACAUAUUGGAGAUUGUUACAAAAGGAAGGAGACUUAGAUCAAAAAGCACUCAUUAACAUAGUCUCUAGUUUAAAGAAGCCACGUCAACACGACUGAUUGCAUCUACGUCAAAAGUCACAAAUCCCAGUCUUGAUCUGCAGCUGCAUGGGUAUUAUUUGUUUGCGCUUGUGCACAGUGCAUAUUAUAGGAGCCGCAUAGACCCCUGUUUAUUGAUGAGACUGAGGUGGAGAGGGUAAAAACCUUCAAGUUCCUUGGCACACACAUCAGCGAGGACCUCACCUGGUCUCACAACACCCAACAAAUUAUGAAGAAGUCCCAAAGGAGACUGUACUUCCUGAGAAGACUGAGGAAAUUUGGCAUGCCCACCAAAAUCCUUAGUUGCUUCUAUAGAUGCACUAUCGAAAGUGUCCUUACAGCCUCCAUCACUGUUUGGUACGGUAACUGUACAACACGUGAUAGGAAGGCACUCCAGCGAGUGAUUAAGACCUCACAGAACAUUGUUGGGGCAGCCCUCCCCUCACUGCAAGACAUUUAUAAAACUAGAGUCCUACGCAGAACACACAACCUCAUCAAGGACAGCACACAUCCACAACACUCAUUAUUCACACUCCUACCGUCAGGCAGACGCUACAGGAGUUUGAAGUCCAGGACCACAAGGCUGGCAAACAGAUUUUACCCACAGGCCAUCAGGCUUCUCAACGAAGCGCUCACACACGCCGCACGCAACACACGCACACACUCAUAGCACUUUAUUUAUUUCUUUAUUGUUUUUAUUUUUCUGUAUUAAUGUCUCUUCUGUUGUUGUUGCUUAAUUUAUUGGUAUUUAUGUUUCUUAUGUUCUUAUUCUUUUUCUUGUGUUUUCUUUCUUGGGAGAAUGAACAGAAUAAGAAUUUCAU